AAUACGCGUCUUAUCUGGCUUAUCAGGUACCGGAAGACCCUGGAAGAAUAUCUACAAAGUUGGAUGCUGAUGAUCUUAUUUAAUUCUUAAGAUGUUCGACUGUUAUUCGUGUAACGCUUGCGGCAGUCAUUACGAACCUGCUCCUUGCACUCACGACAUAUUAAUCCCGGACUCUUUAUACGCGUUUUGCAGCACUAACGACCCACCUCCAUUGUCUGAAAUUCCCCACCUCAUGGACUUGCAACAAACCGUUCACGCUGCCCAAGAAGAACUCGAAUUCGAGAUACGCCGCAUCAUGCUCAAACUCAAUGAAAAACGGAGGACCUUACAAUGGCUCUCCAACGACCUCAAAUCAGUACUAUCCCCUAUCCGCCGACUUCCUCCCGAAAUACUCAUGGAGAUUUUCCUGCACACCAACUGUCUCCGAGUCACCGACACCACAAGUGAUCCCUGGAUCCUCAGCCACGUUUGCAGUACUUGGCGUACCAUCGCCACCGUCCACUGCCCCGAACUCUGGUCGGACAUCACCAUUACCCCUUCCUCCUUCCGACGCAAAGACCCUUUCUCCCUCGUCCAAACCGCACUACAUCGUUCCGGUCAACACGACCUCUUCAUCCAAUUCCGGGAUGGCGGUAAACAAAAGUCAAAACGGAAAGCUGUAGCGACAGUGCUGUUCUCCCUGUUGGCCCUCGAGUCCAACCGGUGGAAGACUGCGCAGCUCUCCUUAUCUUCCGAACGCUUCGGAACGCUCUCGACCAUUCGUGGCCGCCUCUCACGGCUAUCCCAAGUAAAUUUGACCUACGCCGGUGACGAAACGCCGCCUCUGCAUAUCGACGCCUUCGAGAUGACCCCCCGGCUCGAGUCAAUCUCCAUCGAAGGAUUCCAAGACAACGACAUCGACACCCUCAUCCCCCUCUCCUCACCAAAACUGCGACAGUUCCGUGAUGACCGCGAGCUCGGAGAUAACGCGCUCAACGCCCGUCUAUUAGCCACCAUCCGACACUCUCCCGCUCUACAGUCUUUCCACGUAUAUCACCGAAAUCGGUUUGAUCCGCGUUCGACACUUCCUGUCACGCCACGCAUCGAGAACGCGUCUCUCCACACGCUGCAGGCUUCCGAGGGCGCCUUGCUCCGAAGCCUGCGCCUCCCAGCCCUCAAAACGCUCUGGCUGGGCACCGACGAGAACAACUGCAUGCUGCCAUGUCCGGACGAUGUCGUCCCAUCGCUGCAUGUCCUCAUCUCUGUCUCCCAGUGUUCCCUCACAUCCCUCAUCCUCACACAAGUGUCGAUCAGCAACACUCCGGACUUCAUCCACCUGCUCCAGCUGAUGCCCCGCCUCGAAGUCCUGGAGAUGUCGUUCAUCUUCUGGCGCGACGAGUACGACAGCACCAUGCGGUGCGUCGUCGAGGGAAUGAUCGAGUGCUCCCCCCCAGCUCGUCAAGCGUUGCUCCCGGCUCUAACCGAAUUUUCCAUCGAGGUAUCAGACGCCACAGAUUCCCAAGGCGUUCGGUUCAUCGACGACGUGUUCGUCGACAUGGUGGCGAGCCGAUGUAAUAGUAGCAGGGCAUAUGGUGGUGCACCAAAGUUGAAAUAUGUACGAGCCGAGAUACGUAGUCCCGCUCCCCUUCCCCUCUCAGCUGCAGCUACGAAUCGAUUGAAAGAACUAUUUCAUGAUGGACUGGAAAUCACGAUUCUUACUAUGUAACAUAGUUUUUUUUUUUUUUUUUCCCUUUAUGAUUAAAAAUAUACCCGCACUACUCUUUUGGACACGGCAUCCUAGGUGGAGAUCUAUGAAGAGGCUGAGCGGAAGGUCGCCAAUCCCCAUUUCCAAUGUAUCACCCCGGCAAAAGACAUUUUUACAAUUAUCAUGUCCAAUGUGAAUUGUCGACAAGUCCGGCGAGGAGUCAGUCAUACGCCGCAGUAGUGAUGACUCCCAAGAUUUUA